AUGUUCGCUUGUCGCCGGCCGCGGCGGCGUCGAGGUCGCCGCAGCGGAUGUCGCGCUCGCCGGCGCUGCGUCGCCGUGGCGACGCGUCCGCGCAAGCGACACAAGUCGAACCGCAUCGUGAUUCUCGGUGGAGCGGAGGCCGGCGGCGCGAAGCGGGCGAGACGCGACGCGGAGGCGGUUGGCACGGCGACGCCGCCCUUCAGCAUAACGCUGAGCAGCGCAGCCCACGCUGUCGUCACGAAGAAGUCCGUUCACGAACGACUCGGUAAGCCCAUCGACGCCAAACGAGGGCGCCACCGCAUCAACGACGACUUGCCGCAGACGUCCGCGUCGAGCAGCAGAGCUCCCCCUCGUGGCGUCGUCUCACGCAGAGUGGAAAAGCACCACCAGGUGGUGCCACGUGGCGCCUCCGGUCGUCAUCGGAUGGAAACGGGCGUCGAGUCCGAGUUGGACGCGAGGAUACGUCGCAUUCAGGAGCAGAACGCCGAGCUGCUGCGCCGACGACAGGAAGUGGAAGCGGACCGGAAGCGCUUCGUCGGCAAGGCCAAGGCCAAGCUGGCCGCGUCCGCCGUACCCUGAUAAGUGACGGCGCGCCGUGUCGCUACCCUGGUGUGCGGGCGCGCUGUGUAGGCGGCUCGUGUGUGUCUUACGUACGUGUUCGUAUGUUUCUUGCACUGA